UCCCUGGAAGAACUGGUGCAGGGGACUGGAUUCCCCUUGCUGUCUUGGAGUAAACAUGAUGCCACUCCUGCCACUGCUGUUGGGCCUCAGCCUGGGCUGCACUGGAGCAGUAGGUGGCUUUGUGGCCCAUGUGGAAAGCAUGUGUGUACUGGAUGAUGAUGGAACUCCAAAGGAUUACUCCUUUUGUGUAUCCUUCAAUAAGGAUUUGCUUACCUGCUGGGAUCCCGACCAGGCUGCCAUGGUCCCAGUUGAAUUUGGAGCACUGCAUGUACUGGCCUACAAUCUCUCAAACAUAUUCAACUAUAAUAAACAGCUGAUCCAGUUAUUGUCUCAAGGGCUGAAUAACUGUGCAACCCACACCCAACCUUUUUGGAGAGAACUGACACAGAGGAUUCGGCUACCAGCUGUGCAAGUAGCCAAAACAACUCCUUUCAACACAAGGGAACCUGUGAUGUUGGCCUGCUAUGUGUCGGGCUUCUAUCCUGCUGAAGUGGUCAUCUCAUGGAGAAAAAAUGGGAAGGUGGUCUCCCCUCACAAUGAAGCCCAUGAUAUUAUUCAUCCCAAUGGAGAUUGGACGUACCAGACUGUCUCGUAUUUAGCAACAAACCCCUCUUUUGGGGACACUUACAUCUGUGUGGUAGAGCACAUUGGAAGUCCUGACCCCAUCCUGAAGUACUGGACACCCUGGCUGUCCCCAACACAGAUAGUGAAGGUGUCCGUGUCUGUGAUGACUCUGAGCCUGGGCCUCAUCAUCUUCUUUGCUGGUUUUCUCUGCUGGCGGAAAUCUAGGUUUGCUGAUACUUUUGAGUCCCAAAAGACUGUCCUCUAA